AGGGGUGAGAGGGAGUGAAAGACAUCCACAGGGUAAUACGGAGCUGGACCCACAGACACCAGAGGGUGAAAGAGAGGAGAGGGGAGUGAGGGAGACUCCCACAGACCCGGAGGGAGACCGAGGCAGACCUGUUCAGAGCAGCUCCCAGACCGUGGACCUGUGGGAUGCAGUAGGCUUGAGUGGGCCAGUCACCUGCUGGGGAGCCCAGACCAGGGGGAGCCCAAGGGCCAACACCAGGCAACCCUGAGAUGGAGCUCAGGGACCCCGAGAACCACGAGGAUGGGGACCCAGACCUGGAGGAGGACACAGACACGGCCCUCCAGCGGCUCGUGGAGCUGACAGCGCCCAGAGUGAUCACAGAGAGGAACCUGCGAGCCCGGUACCGCCUCAUCCGAAAGCUCGGCUCGGGCUCCUACGGCCGAGUUCUCCUUGCCCAGCCUCGCCAGGGGGGUCCGGCCGUGGCUCUGAAGCUCCUACGCCGGGACUCCGUCCUGAGAACCACUUUCCUGAGGGAGUUCUGCGUGGGCCGCUGCGUCUCCUCACACCCGGGCCUGCUCCAGACCCUGGCAGGGCCCCUGCAGACCCCCCGGCACUUCGCCUUUGCCCAGGAGUACGCGCCCUACGGGGAUCUCAGCGGGAUGCUGCAGGAGCAGGGUCUCCCGGAGCGGCUGGUGAAGCGGGUGAUGGCCCAGCUAGCCGGAGCCCUGGACUUCCUCCACAGCCGGGGGCUGGUCCACGCGGAUGUGAAGCCAGACAACGUGCUGGUCUUUGACCCCGACUGCAGCCGUGUGGCCCUAGGAGACCUAGGGCUGACCCGGCCAGAGGGCAGUCCCACCCCUCCCCCACCAGGGCCACUGCCCUCCGCCCCACCCGAACUCUGUCUCCUGCUGCCCCCCGAUACGCUGCCUCUCCGACCAUCCUUGGACUCCUGGGGUCUGGGGGUGCUGCUCUUCUGUGCUGCCACGGCCUGUUUCCCUUGGGACGUGGCCCUGGCCCCUGAUCCCGAGUUCGAGGCCUUUGCUGGUUGGAUGACCACCAGGCCCCAGCCACCGCAACCGCCACCCCCCUGGGACCAGUUUGCGCCCCCGGCCCUGGCCCUGCUCCAGGGGCUCCUGGACCUGGAUCCGGAGACCAGGAGCUCCCCACUGGCUGUCCUGAACUUCCUGGGGGAUGACUGGGGGCUGCAGGGGAACAGAGGGGCACCUGGGGACUUGGGGAGCGUGUCUGGUGAGGAUGGGGAGGAGGAGGAGGGGGGAUCGAGCCUGGAGGAGUGGACAGAGGAGGAGGAUGAGGGUGACCAAGGUGGCGGGAGGAUGGGGACAGAUGGGGGAACUCCCGGACCAGGUGACUGAGACAGGUGGCCAGAGCGCCAGCCAAAGUCCCCUCCCCCAGCCUCCACCACCACCUGGAUGGAGAGACAGCUGCUUGGGCGAGGACAGAGCAGGAAUACAUUGCAUCUCUCUCUCUCUCUCUCUCUGCUGGAGGCCAGACUUGGGUGCACCCUCCCCACUAGGGAACUGGGAGCCCAGGAUCCUCGUCCCCUCCUCCCUCAGACCCAGGGGUCCUGGCCCCCAGCCCCUCCUCCCUCAAGCACCCUCCCUUUUCCUUCGGUCCUGAAUGUGUCUGCUUGAACAAAGGCGCUGUCUCCCCUGUAGACGCAUUUCUGCGCUGUGGGGACGAGUGGAAUGUGGGAACGUCAGAGUUCUGACGAAGUCCCUCCUCACCUCUAAGACCUUGCAUGACUCCCACUGUGCGCAGCGCCAAAUCUGGGCUUGCAGGACCUGGCGCCGAGAAAACUUCAGCCUCCGCCCGCCUGUCCCGAGUCCCUGGGCUCCGGAUGACCCUGGGGAAGCCCCGCAUCCUUUGUGGGCCCGAACCUGCACGCACACGCGUGAACGCAGACGCUCAGCUUCGCGGGUCCUCGGUUCCUCCCUCCGGGAGCGCCCUCCUGCGCCCUCUCCGGCCCCGCCGGGAACUGCACCCGAGCGCGGGUCCGGCCUCCCUGUUCUCCCGGCUCCUCUCUGGUGCUCCAGCCUGGCCUUGGUCUCCUGUCCCUAGAGGGGCCCCACGCCUGCUCGCACCCACAGAGCACAUGGUGGGUGGCCGCCCCGGCUCAGGGCCACCCUAGCUUGGAUGGAUCUCCAGACACCCGCAGCACCCAACGGAGCAGCCCUGCCCCAUGCUAGGGACCCUGGCAGGGACUGUGCUUCCUCCUGCAAUGCUGUCCUGCAUGCUUUUGCAAAAAAAAAAAAAAAAAAAAUGUGGGUUCACUCAACACAAUGCCGUGUCCUGGGUUGAACCCUGGGGCGGAAAGAGGCUGUUGGCAGAAACACCAGGGAGAUAAGACGUGUUUGAUCGUGAAGUUCUGAGCUUGGACAAACGUGCCCUUGGCUGACAGUCCCUGGCCCAGCGGUGGCGUGGGCAAGGGGACACGGGAGUGCGCAGCACCAAGGUUGCAACUGUUCUAAAAAUCUAAAGUUAUUCCAAAGUAAAAGCUGAU